AUGAGCUGGAGGCUUCAACAACGGAGGAAAAGCCCAGUUGAGGACAGAGGUAUGUGGCUAAGCUGUUGGGAGUGGUGGGCCGGGGCUGUAGAGAAGAUGCUGGAGGACGCGGGGCAGACCAUGCACGGUUUAAACUCACGUCUGAGGGUCUUUUUGGAGAAAGUGAACCGUCUCCAGGAGGAAAACCACAGACUGGAGGCUCAGAUCUCUACAUGGGGGCUUCAGCGGAGCUCACAGUGCCAGGAGUGGUCCCAGCAAGAGCAAAUGGUCAAGGAGCUGCGAGAACAGGUGGGGAGGCUUCUGAUGGAAAAUGCUGACCUCGCUCUUCAGUCUGAAAACAUGAAGUCCAAAGCUGCUCACAUCCAGGCCAGGUGUGAGACAGAGGAGAGGACCACGAAGCGUCUGGAGCAGCAGGUGGAGCAGCUGCGAGAGUCCAGGGGCAGAGCAGAGCAGAGCAGUGAGAGUCUGAAGAACCACGUCCAGAGAUCCAUCUGCGAACUUCAGCAGCUGCAUCAGGACUAUCAGGCUGCUCGGGCGCUGCAGUGGGACGAGUCCAAUGAUGCUCUGUUAUUAGCCCCUUCCACAAGCCCAGCAGCAGCAGCAGCAGCACACAGAGCCAGGGGAGGAGAGGAGCAGGAGGAUGGCAGAGUGAUGGAACUCACCCAGCUGCACGAAAUCAGAACGCAGCGCGACCGCAGACACAGACACCACAGCCCGGGAAACUUGGCAAAUCUACCCCCCGGAUCGACCGGGCCUAGUCGCUCCGGAGCUGCAUCCAGGACCAGCGGAGGGGUCCUGCCAGAGGAGGAAGCAGCAUGGGCCCAGGUGAACAUGGGAGGAGCGGCGCUGAGAGAUGCCAGGGCAGAACUGGCCGAAGCCCGAAAACAGUGGCAGACUUUGCAGGUCGAGAUUGAGACGCUGCAUGCUAUGGAGAAGGGCCUGGAGACGUCCCUGCAGCACACCCAGCGCCUGUACUCCUCCCAGCUGCAGGACUUGUCCCAGGUGAUCACCCGCCUGGAGCUGGAGCUGGAGCAGGUCAGGACCGGACUGGCCACUCAGCGCCAACGCCACAGCGAGCUGCUCAACACCAAGAUGAGGCUGGAGCGUGAGAUCGCCACCUACAGACGGCUGCUGGAGCAGGAGGAGGGCAGGUACAUGAGUGGGAACAGCGCCCCUCUGUCCCUGCGCCUGUGGAAGUCUCCGUGCACAGACUCCAGGGAGAGCAGCUCAGAGAACAGUGACCUCGCUCUGACUCCAGACGAACCCAAGUCUGAGCCGCUGCCCGACAUCCCCCCUCUGCUGCACCCCGACCACGACCCCAAGAAACGCUCCAUCCUCAUCAGACAGCAGAGCCUCGUCAUACUCACAGAGCCUGAGCUGGAUAAGGAGCUGCCCAUCUCCACUGUGAAAACCCAGGAGAUUCUUCAGGGGAACGUGGUGCGAGAGAGUGCGGAGGGACACGGCACCAUUGAGACAGAGAAUAUCGACAAAGUGAUAAAGCAGUGGGAGGGCUCGUUCUUCAGAGGGAACCCCAAGCUGCGUAAGAAGUCCGUGUCCCUGCGGUUCGACCUGCACAUGGCCGUGGCGGACGAGGGCUGCGCUCAGACCAAACAGGACAGCCUCCCGGACGUGGAGGUGCGGCUGAUCAUGAAGAGGUCGCGCAGCAUCGCCUCCAUCGCACAGUAA